UCUGUUAAAUGUGCAUUUAUGGUUAUAUUCUUCUCAAAAGGGUUUUGUUUGCUAUGAUUCCACUUCUAACAAAUUUCGUGUUUCUCGAAAUGUUAUUUUCUUUCAGCAUCAAUAUUUCUUUCCCAAUCUUGCCAAGUCUUCUUCUACUUCUCCCAUUCUUCCAAUUUUUGAGGAUUUACCAAUUGUUCCUAAUCGGUUUAAGCCUGGAUUUGUGUAUGAAAGACGUCAACCAACGGUGCCUCUUCCCGAGAUUGAUCCCUCAUCUAUGUCUGAUUCUCCUGAAUCUACUCUGCAUCGAUCUACCAGAGUAUCCCGACCGCCAAGACGGUAUGGUUUUUCUGAUAAUCCUACUGGAUAUUCUGCCACUUUAUCUGAUAUUUUUAUUCCAUCUUGUUACUCACAAGCCUCCCAGAAUGAACGUUGGCAAAAAGCCAUGCAGGAUGAACUUCAAGCUCUUCACGAAAAUCAUACAUGGGACAUUCUUCCUUGCCCUCCAAAUGUUAAGCCCAUUGGAUGUAAAUGGGUUUAUUCAGUCAAGCGUCGUUCUGAUGGAACUUUGGAUCGAUAUAAAGCUCGAUUGGUUGCUCUUGGCAAUAAGCAAAAGUACAGAGUGGACUAUGAGGAGACCUUUGCUCCAGUUGCAAAGAUGACUACUGUCCGUACUAUUAUUGCAGUUGCUACUUCUUAGGAUUGGCCUCUUCAU